CUCCAGAGAAAAAAAUCCACGACACUUCGGUGCCUGUUUGAUCUGGAUUCCGGGCAUUACAGUCCAAGCAGACUUUCUAGUCCUGUCAGGCAAUCUUCUUUUGAGUCUCGAUAUGAAGAAAUCCUCUCCGCAGUCUCCUAGUGCAACUUCAUCUUCACUUUCACUGAUCCUUUGGAGUCUCCUUCACGGCAAGAUCUAAAGAGGCUCAAGCUCAACCAAAUACCCUCCAUAGUCAAAUUUUGCAAAAGUCUGAAGACCCCAGAGAACGCGAGAGCUUGAAGAAUGUCUUCUACCGGAUAUAUUCCAGGUUCCCCUUCUAUCGAUCAUUCAUGAGAAAAGUGAUGAAUGAUGUCUUCUUGCACUAUGUUUUCGAGACAGAAAGGCACUGUGGAAUAUCCGAUCUGCUUGAGAUAUGGGGAAGUAUAAUCAAUGGUUUUGCAGUUCCUUUAAAGGAAGAGCACAAGCUGUUCCUGACGAGAGUGCUUAUUCCUUUGCACAAGACAAAAGGAUUGCGACUUUAUCACAAGCAGCUCUCUUACUGUGUGUCUCAGUUUAUACAGAAAGAGCCUGCCCUUGAACUUGUAGAGAACAUAGAUCCUGAUCAUUACCGGAGAUUGGCUCUGCCUUUAUGUACUCAGAUAACACGAUGCUUGAGCAGCUGCAACUCACAGGUCGCAGAGCGUGCUCUGAAUGGAGAAGAACCUGAAGUUCCAUUGGAGCAAGAGCGUGAACUAGCUGACAGAAACCCUCAAGGCCAUGCUGGAAGAUAUGGAUCCAAAUCUAUACCACCGCUACCUGGAGGAGAUGGAUAUCAGGGAAUUGGAGGCGCGCCAGGAGGCGAUGAAGAGGAAGGAGAGAUGGGAAAGAUUAGAACUGGCAGCAACAGUGGCAGCUGAGCAGAUGAAGAGAAUCAGUUCUCCCGACCGCCGCAACUUUUUGAUUCUCGGUGAAGAAGAAAAACAGAGUGUGACAUCUUGUGCUGGCAAUGAGUUUCAUAAGACCUUAUGAUCAACAUUAUUGUUGACUGAAUUCAGCUACCAAGAAACAUAAUAUGCUGCA